UCUUUUUGAAUCAGAUUUCUCCCCUGCUUCCUCCAUCCUCUCCCGUCUCUCGUACUCCCUUCGUUUCCUCUCCUCCUUCUGCCCUGUGAACUUACGAUCCUGCCCCUGCGUGGGUCCCACCAUCUCAGUUCGUACUUUGUGUUCGGUCUCUCUUUUUCUUUUCUUUUUUUUCCUUCAACUGCUCCGCAGCGAGACCAAAGGAGGGAGCAAAAAAAAAAAACUCUGUGCCUCUCCGUAUUUCCUUUCGGACGGCUCAGCUCCGCGCUGACGUGUCUGGAGGCGAAGCGCAGCCGUCGAUAUGUCGCUGAGCGAGAAGCUGGAGGCCGCGCGUGUCGUCCUCGGCAAGCGCAAGGAGCGCGAGCGCGAGCUGCUGCAGGCCCAGCCGCUCCCGGUGGCGGCUAGAGCCGAGCCGUGGAAUCCGGCUCCGGCUCGCGCGGCCCCCUCCGCCGCCGCCGCCGCCGCCGGCGACAACAAGCUCCUGGCCGGGCACCUGGCCCACGAGUUCCUCGCCCACGGCACGCUCCUGGGUCGGCGGAUCGAGCCGAGCCGCGGAGCCCCGGCUCCGGCACCGGCGCGGGCCGAGCCGGACCCCAGGAAGAGGUACGCGGAGGUGUCGUGGCUGCUGGUGGCGCGCGGGGCCCACGUCCCCGGCGUCGUGAACCCGACGCAGCUCGGCCGCUGGCUGCAGAUAAAGGACUGACGGCCACGUCGUCGCGGUCGACGACGGGCGCGAGAGCGAGAGGCUUGGCUGUGGCUGCUGCUCCCAUCCGACCUGCGGAACCGGACCCGAUUCUCCUCCUGCUGCCUGCUGGAAAAAACAGACAGACGGACAUCGGAAAAAAAUUUGUUGCAGCCGGGCUGCAAACCAGGCCGUUUGCAGCCCCUCACAAAAAUGAGGAUAGACCCCACCUACAGGUCCACCAGAUAACGUUUGUAUUGUAUUAUUGACCUGCAGGUGAGGUCUAUCCUUAUUUUUGUGAGGGGCUGCAAACGGCCUGGUUUGCAGCCCGGCAAGUGGUUGGUUUCGUCAUCUCCGCGGUCACUCGGUGCUGCUCUUUCUCUCCUUCCCUUCCAUUCAGACUAUCUAGAAUCCAGAUCCGGCGAGAUCGUGGUGUACUAGCUCUGUUUUGGCUCGCCCAACGUUGUUGUUGCAUGACAUACUGACUGUUCUUAUGU